AAUGCUUAACUACACUUCCCAGAGUCCGUAGGAAACUUGAGGACAAACGCAAGACAGGAAGCAGAAAAGUGUUCCCCAGAACUCUCUGCUCAAUGUUUUAGGUGGUGCGUGCAUAAUGGCGGAAAACUUAAAAGAGAACCCCUGAGCAGACGACUUUUUGCCUACAUCUACAAGAGUCACGUCAGCUCAAAAGCUCCAAAGCGAAGUGAUACUGUUUUAAACUACCGUUAUGGAGAAGGAACCGAAUGCGGGCGUUUCCAGCAUGGAUUUGCCUGAGAAUGUAAACCAGGAGUCAUCACUGCACAGAGCGAGAGAAGAGGGUAACGGUCUGCCGACGUGCAGCACGCAGAUCUGUGACAACUCGGCUAAACCACAAAUAUCCCCUCUGAAGAGAAAACAUGAGAGAGAUGAUGAUGAUGAUGACGAAGACACGUCUCCAGUUAAGAAGUUGGACACGGGCGCGGGCCACAGCGUGAAGGUGGCCUCGCACUACAACACCUUGCAGGAGUGCGGCCUAGCGGCGCGUAGCCAGAGCAGGAUCUUCUACAUGCGCAACUUCAACAACUGGCUGAAGAGCGUCCUCAUUGGUGAGGUCCUGGACAAGGUGAGACGGAGGCAUGGGGAGCUGUGCGUUCUGGACCUGGGCUGUGGCAAAGGGGGAGACCUGCUCAAGUGGAGGAAAGGCCACAUCGGCAGGCUGGUGUGUGCAGAUAUUGCCGCGGUGUCGGUGGAGCAGUGCCAGCAGCGCUACAGCGACAUGAGGCGGAAGUGCCGUCCGAACGACGAGAUCUUCGCCGCGGAGUUCAUCGUUGCCGACUGCACCAAGGAGCUGCUGUCCGAGAAGCUGAAGGACCCGGAGAUGACCUUUGACCUCUGCAGCUGCCAGUUCGUGUACCACUACUCGUUUGAGUCGCGGGCGCAGGCGGACACGAUGCUGAGGAACGCCUGCGAGCGGCUGAGGCCCGGCGGCUUCUUCAUCGGCACCACGCCGGACGCCUUCGAGCUCGUGAAGCGCCUUGAAGAAUCCGAGUCCAAUUCCUUUGGGAACGAGGUGUACCGGGUGACGUUUCAGAAGAAGGGAGACUACCCCCUCUUCGGCUGUCAGUACGACUUCAGUCUGGAGGGCGUCGUCAACGUCCCAGAAUUCCUUGUCUACUUUCCGCUGUUUGAGGAGAUGGCAAAGAAGUACAACAUGCGCUUGGUCUUCAAAAAGACUUUCCGCGAGUUCUUCGAGGAAAAGAUACAGAAUGAGCAACACAAGUUUCUGAUGAAAAAGAUGCAGGCUCUGGAGCAAUACCCAGCAGAUGAACGAAACAAGCUAGCGUCAGACAGCCCUGCGGAGUACGAGCACGUUAAGCAGAGGAUAGAGUGUGCUGAUGUAAAAGCCCCUUUGGGUACAUUAAGCCAGUCUGAAUGGGAAGCGACUAGUAUAUACCUGGUUUUCGCUUUUGAGAAAAUGUCCUGAACACCUUUGGGCAAAUGCCAGAUCUUCAUAUGCGCAUCUGCAGGUGGAUUUGGACCAAUGACAGCGGAUGUUGCUUUAGUGUCGUACUGUAGUUUGUUUUCUUUUUUUGUUAAAGUAACUUGUGGUCUAUUAUAUACAAUUUUUAGAAAGCUCUGCAUCUCAAUAAGCUGUAAUUGUACAUUGUGUGGAUGGACAGUAGCACUGUAAAACCUUUGUGUAAUAAGAUGUGCUUUUUUAUGGAUGAACGAAUAGGAUUUUUACAAUGUCAGGUUGUUUUCUUUUGGGUUUUUUUUUCAUAUUGCUUUAUUCCCCGGUCCCCGCCCCCUCCUAUGUUUAUCUGCCGAUAAUAUUACAAGCUAAAUGGUUUGCAUUCACUGUCCAAAGACUGCAAAAUGUACACAUUACGAGUUGAGCAUUGAUGGAAACUAAAAAGGAAGAGAUGAACCCUUUAAAGGAUGUUUUCGGACAUUAUUAUUACCCUGGAACCUGGGGUACUGAGUCAUAAGGUUUUUUGGCUGGACCGCAACAGCGGGGCCAGCCAUACAAACGCGAAUGUCUGUGACUGAGUGACUGCGUGAGUAAUGAAGUUACACCAUUGGUCGGCCGAGUUAUGAUUUAGACCAUUGGUCGGCCGGAUCACGUGUUAGGUCCAGCCAUAUACUAGGUUUUGACCUGGUCUUGUUUUUCUUGGUUUUAGACUACCUCCGAUCACAAUGAUGUUUGUGCACACAUAAUUAAUGGCUGAGGCAGAAACUGGUAGUUGGGUGAAUGUAAUAUUUGAAAUGCCACAAAACAUUUGAUUUUGCCACAAAGUGAUAUUUCCACGAAUAAAGCAGCUGCUGGUCCUCGA